AUGAUGAAGUCACUGAGAAUUUUCAUUGUAACCGUCUCAGGAAUCUGCCUAGGUUAUUCUCUGGCUUAUCCAGCCCAAGAUGCUUCGCUGUCCGAAUAUAACCUUCUUAGAGACGACGGCGUGGACAAGACUGCCUCUUCUGCUGUUGAAGAUUUACCCCAACAUCAAUUAUCACGACUUGGUAGGCUGAUGAGUUCCUACAGUAACAUGCUGCUGGUUGGACAGAGAAGUUCACUACUCAGCGGAAUUACAGACAAGGAUAGAAAACCAGAGUCACUAGGUUUUAGGAAGAGUGAACUGCCAGAAGACACAGCUGUGACCAUCAAUCCUUUCUAUAUGGACAGUGAUUUCAGUCAUCCGGAUUCACUGCGAGGAAAACGUCAACAAGCAUGGUACGUCCAGUAUGGGAAAAGAAGCCAAGGCAACUUCCGUCAACCAGGACCUUCCAGAAUCCAGACUCUAAAACAAACAGGUCUGAGUUUAGAUAACAUUAUCAAGGCACUGCCUUUAUUUAAAACUGUCCUCAACAGUGAACAGAACACGCCGAUGAUAGAUUAUAGUACACUGCUGCCCGAACACGAUAUAGAAAUGAACGCAAAUUAUGAAUUAGACAAGGACAGUUCUGCUAUCAUUGAGGCAUCUGACACCAGUGAUGACAAUUUAAGGGUAGGAAAGCGGGAUUUGUCACUGCAUGUCAUUAAAACUAAACGACAGCAAGGCUGGUACACACCGUAUGGGAAACGAAACGCUGACAGCUAUCAGGAAUUUUUGUGA